AUGCCGCCUCGCAAGCAGUGGAUUGACAAGAAAACCGCGAGCACCUUCCAGCUCUUCCACCGGUCCCAAAAUGACCCAUUGAUCCACAACCCGUACGCCGAUGACCGCGUGCUGCACCAAGUCUCCGGCCCUGCGCCGGCCCCAUCCUCAGCCGCAUCAACGGCAUCGAGCAAGCCGUCGCGCAAUUUAUCCGAAUUAGCAUCCGAAUUCGGCUCGGAUGCCGUCCGCCAGAAUGAGGGCGAGGCCGCCAACUAUGGCAUUUUCUACGACGACUCCAAGUAUGACUACAUGAAGCACUUGCGGGAACUCGGUACUGGAGGGGGCGAUUCGUAUUUUGUCGAUGCCAAGGCGGAAAAGGGCAAGGCAAAGGCCAAGGGGAUGAAGCUGGAAGAUGCCCUGCGACAGGUUUCUUUGGAUGAGGAAUCACAGAGCGCUUUCGGUGGCCCGAGUGUGUAUGGGUCCCAAUAUGGUGACAUGCGGUCAACAGCAUCUUCGUAUGUCCGGAAACCGACAUAUCAGGACCAGCAGAACAUUCCCGAUGCCAUUGCAGGCUUUCAACCCGAUAUGGACCCGCGGUUGCGAGAGGCUCUGGAGGCUCUGGAAGACGAAGCCUACGUGGAUGAUGACGAUGAUGACAUCUUCGGCGAACUGACAGCGAAUGCUGAGGAGAUUGAAGCGGGUGAUUGGGAGGACACACUGUUUGACCAUGAUGAAGAGGACGACGGGUGGGAGUCGGAUGCCACCGAGAAGGCACCCGUGCAGGCGUAUACGACAGAAGCCCAAAAUCACCUCGAAGAUGAUGAUACCCCAGCGAGCCUUGCGCCCGGCGAGCUGCCCGAGCAUGACCAUCCAGCCCCGGAUCUUCCUCCACAGGACCAAGGAUGGAUGCAGGAGUUCGCCAAAUUCAAGAAAGACGCCAAAGCAGGCAACGUCCCUGGACCGGCCGCGCCAACCAUUGCACCCUCGGAGCAGCGCACGCUUGCGUCUACUAUCUUCACAGCCGGUGGGACGCCGAUUCGCCGCAAGAAGCGUAAGGGCGCACUGACCAAUCCCUCCGCCUACUCGAUGACAUCGUCUGCUCUAGCACGUACGGAAGGCCACCGCCUGCUGGACGACCGAUUUGACCGCGUCGAGGCACUGUACGCGCUCGACGAGGAUGAGGAGUACGACGACAGCAUGUCCAUGGUCAGCGGAAUGACCGGUGCUACGGGGAUGACUGGCAUGUCUAUGGCAUCAUCUCAAGCGCCGAGUCUUAUCGACGCGAAUGGCGAAGUCGUCUCCUCACGCAGCGACUUCCACAACGUCAUGGAUGACUUCCUGGCUGGGUUCGAUGACAAAACCAGCUCCCAGGCAAAGCGAAAGGGCGCCAAGGCGAAGCGCGGCAAGAACGGCAAUGAGGCAAUCGGAAUUCGGAUGCUCGACGAGGUUCGCCAGGGCCUUGGACCGGCGCGUGUGUCGGGCAGUACUCGCGGGGUGCCCGGACGAGCAUAG